AUGACAGUUAGAGAUUUUGCAUUUUGUAAAGAUAAUAAUCCUGCUAUUUUAUCACUUGAAAUGCAUUGUUGUUUAAAAUAAUAAAAAAGAAUAGCUGAACUUUUAUAAGGCAUUCUUGGAGAUAUGCUAUUUGUAAUUAAAGAUUAUAAAUAAGAAAGAUUUUCAACUUUAUAAUAAUUAUAAAGAAAGGUUCUAAUUAAAUAUAAAGCAGAUGAUCAAUUUUUAUAAGAGAAAUUAUAAACUCAAUCUUCAACAUUAUUUUAUACAUAAUCUCAUGAUGAUAUGUUAAUUAGAUUUGAAGAUGAUGAAGAUGAUUAAAAUCUUUAAGCAAAUGUUAAAUAAUUUAGUCAAACUCUUGAUGAACAUCAUAAGAAAAUAUGUAGAGAAUUAUUAGAAAUAACUUCAUUAUAUGCAGUAUCAUUAAAAUUAGAUAAAAAACCAGAAUUAGUUUGGAUUGUAUCAAGUGUUUCAGAAGAUAAAAUAUAAGAUGUAAUAAAAAAGAGUCAUGGUAAAUUCUAAGAAUAUGUUGAUAAUUAUUUUGUUAGAGUUUAUCCUUUAGGAUUAAGAUUUGAUUCAAGCAAUUAUGAUCCAUUCCCUUCUUGGAUUGCAGGAGCUUAAUUGGUUGCUUUAAAUAUACAAACCAAAGAUAUAUUUAUGUUGUAAAAUUAUGGAAUGUUUCUUAACAGUUCUUAUAUCUUAAAAUCAAAUCAAGAUAUAAAAAUGAACAUAUAUGUUCGUAUCAUCAGUGCUACUAAUCUUGUUUGGGAAGAAGUAAAACGUAGAUAAGAAGAAAUUGUUGAUCCAUAUAUUAAAAUUAGAGUUGCAGGAAAUAAAGAUGAUGUCAAUAAAUCUGAUAAAUGGAGAACAGAAGUUGUUUAAGAUAAUGGAUAUCAUCCAAUCUUUAAUUAUUAAUGUGUUAUUCAACUUAGACAUGCUUAAUAAGAUGUUAUCUAUAUAUAAGCCUAUAGUUAUUCCAUGUUAGGAGAUUCCUUGUUAGGUUAGUAUUGUUUGUCUCCACUUAAUAUAAGAACAGGCUAUAGAAUUGUUCCAUUAUUAAAUUCUCAGUUUAAAACUUUAGCUAAUUCUUAUGUUUUAAUGCAUAUCAAAAUUGAAUAUUGA